GCUCCGUUAAGGACCAGUCCUUGUCCUCUGCGUCGACUGCCCCAGAACGCUCUCCCACAACUCUUGUCACACGAUAGCAGGGGCUACAGUAGAUAGUAAGUAGGACACACUCACCGAAGCUGUGGUGACUCGGUCGUCGGUACUGGCGGUUGUUGCUGUUGUGGUUGCGGCGCCUCUUGUUGUGGCUGCUGCUGCUGUGACGGCGGCUGUUGAUGCUGUUGAUGUUCUGCAGGUUGCGCCUGUUCUUGUUGUUGUUGCUGCUCCGGGUGUUGCUCCGGCUGCUGCUCCAGUUCGACUGCCGCUUGCAGCUCCGUGACGGGUUCAGGCUCUGGCUCAACCUUGUGAUCCACAGGCGCCUCGGUUGCCUCUUCAACGGGAGGUCGCGAGAUAGCCUCGAGGGCUGCCAACGCCUGGUCUUCGGCCAUGGUGGCGCAGUAUGCAAGUUCUCGCCUACAGUAAGACUGACGGCGUCAAAGGGUUCUCGGCUUGUCGCAAGUGGCCCAGUGCGUUUGGAAAUGCGCGAUUCAACACAGGUCGCGUUCGCGAUGGUUUCAAUGCGAGGGAUGUGGUUGGGGCGUGGUAUGCGAAAGGUUCUUCGUCUCUACGCGCGGCUGCUUCGUACGGAUUGACAGGGUCCGGAAUUGAUUUUGCCUUGGCGGACUUGCGUGUCGGCGACGGCAGGGUGCUACGUGUGUCCUCGUGGGCUGUACGCGCGCCUGUGGUGGUGGUGGUGGUGCGGUGGUGGUGGGAGCGGUGCGCGCGGAUCGUGGGUGGGCGGCGCGAGCGUAAUGACGAGGGAAAGGGUGAACGAG